AUGUCAGCUAUUCCUCCAAAAUUUUUCAAAAUUGCAAACAUAUCAAUUGGCUGCAUAGAUAUUAUUGCAGCUCUUUCACAAUUGACGUACCUUUUCACCAAUUUAAGCAUCUUUCUCUUAGCAGUUUAUGGACUGGCACUCUCCAUACCUAUCGUCUACCUGGAGUUUAAGGUGCCAUCAAAUCUUUACAGGUAUGCUUCUUUUUACUUUAGUUUUCUUGGAAGAGGUUUAUCUUAUAUUUUACUGGGUCUGAUAAUUAGCUUCGGCGGUAUCUACAACAUAUUGGCGGGAAUGUUUACUUUCAUUUUAGGGGUUGCGUUUAUUGUCUUCCAUUUUUCUCAAUUUGUGGAAGAACCUGCCAACUUCAGAGCACCCGGCUCGUCUUUGUCAAUUGGUGACGAUGACAUCGACGAUGACGAUGACAUGAUUUAA